UUUUUGUUGUUUUUGAAUUAAUUGUGUUUGUGAAUGUGAUAAUUUGACAGCCACGUCACCGUGAAAGCGUAUGUGGCGUGAUUAAUUAACAAGACGCUUCAAUGAGUAGCAAAAAUCCAACGAGAAAUCAACACCUCUGACUUUCAGUUUCUCAAUAGAAAUCUCUCUCUCUCUCUCUCUCUCUCAAGAGAUUCAAAUGAAGUUGGCCUUACUAAGCAGCUUUGGCAGCAACUCCAGCUGCUCUCGCUUCAUACCAGUUUCGAGUUUCAAUCGUCUACCCAUCAAUUGUCAUGAUAUUCAUGAUAAGCAGCAGUCCUUAAACCUGAAGCGUCGCCAUGAUAAUGGAGAAAUUGUUAGUAGCAUUUCAUUGUCCAAGACUACCAGUAUUGAUUUUACUAGUGCCCUCAUAAAUUCAUUUGCAGCUGCAGCUUUCAUUGCAACGCCUUUAGCAAGUGCUUCAACUAUAGAAACUAUCGCGGAAAUACCUGAUUCCAUAUAUACUCUUGCUGAUGGGAGCUCUGGAGAUUGGCUUUCUGGCCUCCUAUUUUCAGCUAGUCAAGAUGCUAAUGCAGCAGUGCAGGACCAGUUGACAUCCUUCAGUUUUACUAGUUUGGUAGUCAUUUUUGGUGCUGGGCUUGUAACUAGCCUUUCUCCAUGCACACUGAGUGUGUUGCCCCUUACCCUUGGUUAUAUAGGGGCAUUUGGCUCUGGAAAGAGUAAAACAGAGGUUAUUGGGAAUUCCGUCUCAUUUGCCAUGGGAUUGGCAACAACGUUGGCCCUACUGGGUGUAGCAGCCUCAUUUGCAGGAAAGGCGUAUGGCCAAAUUGGGCAGGGUCUGCCUGUGGCUGCUUCUUCUUUGGCUAUCAUCAUGGGUUUAAAUCUCUUGGAGGUAUUUGAAUUACAGCUUCCUUCUUUUUUCAACAACUUUGAUCCUCGUGCAGCUGCUGCUAAUUUUCCUUCAAGUGUCCAGGCGUACUUGGCUGGACUUACAUUUGCAUUAGCUGCAUCACCCUGCAGUACUCCAGUGCUUGCUACGUUGCUUGGGUAUGUCGCCUCGACCAGGGAUCCAGUGGUUGGAGGUAGUCUACUACUGACAUACACAACUGGCUAUGUUGCUCCUCUUCUUCUUGCUGCUUCCUUUGCUGGAGUAUUGCAGAGCCUGCUUUCAUUCCGCAAGUUCUCAGCAUGGAUCAACCCUAUGAGUGGCGCCCUCCUCCUUGGUGGCGGGUUGUACACACUGUUGGAUAGGCUGUUCCCAGUUACAAUGGUGAUGUGAGUAAGUAGACUACAUAGCAGAAACCAGACUCUUCUACUCUAAAUGAAGCAACUUGGGUUUCUUGGUAGUUUCGUGUGCAAAAGCAGAAAAGCCAUUGUGGUGAAUGCAUACAAGUGAUGUGGAACUAACAAUAGUAUAUUCAUAUUGGAAAGCUGGGGUCAUUUUAUUUCUACUAAGAAAUGUGUAAUAACCGAAAAAUAGUUUGUUGAUGGCCGAAUCUCUAUGUCUUUAUAUGUAAAAAAUUAAUUCAAUUGCCAAUGAGGCUUAGCUCAAGUGACAAAGUUGAAGCAUCCAAA